AUGUACCUCAGCGCGUCCACAGAAACUUUUUUUUUUCUGUUUGCCGUGGAAGAGAGAAACCCUAGGGUUUGGAAGAAGCUGAUCGGAGAAGAUGGUGCAGCGUCUCACCUACCGCAAGCGCCACAGCUAUGCCACCAAAUCCAACCAGCACAGAGUCGUCAAGACUCCCGGUGGCAAGCUUGUUUAUCAGACCACGAAGAAGAGGGCCAGCGGACCCAAGUGCCCUGUCACUGGAAAGAGGAUUCAAGGGAUUCCACAUUUAAGGCCAACAGAAUAUAAGAGAUCAAGGUUACCCAGAAACCGAAGGACUGUGAACCGUGCAUAUGGUGGUGUGUUGUCUGGCAGUGCUGUUAGAGAGAGAAUCAUUCGAGCUUUCUUGGUUGAAGAGCAAAAGAUUGUGAAAAAGGUAUUGAAGAUCCAAAAGACAAAGGAAAAGCAAGCUUUGAAGGGCUGAGUUUUGAGAAAAGUGAUAAAGAUCUUUUUGGAGGGAUUUUAGGUUUGGGUGAGUAAUGAUUAUAGUAAUGCAUGAAAUUUGUUAGAGCUGUUUCUGUGUUAAUUUUGUGCUUAUUUGGCUUUUUUAAACUCAUUCUAGUGCAACUGUUAACUUUGUUGACAACUCCAUUACGAUACAGUUUUGUAUGUCACCAUUUUCUCUUGCUGGAUUAUUAAUUUUCUCUCUGCAUAUUAGUGCUUUGCUCCAAAACCUGUUGCAGCUAGAAUAA